CUCCAGGUGAGGUUGUGAGAGCUGUGCUGAUGCACUGACCUUCUCCUGUUUGACCUGUAAGCCAAAGUUUGGUUUGUUCUGGAUCUGACCAUCCUGACCUCUCCUGAUGACUGUGUUGGGUGGGGAUUUGAAUUUUACUCCUGAAUGGGCAAACUGUAUGGCCAGAGAGCCCAGAGGUCCUUGGUAAGUGCCGUGUUCAUGUUGGAGAGCCCUGUGUCCCUCUCUCUGUGCUGAUGCUGAGCUCCUUUCAGACCUGGGACACGGGGCUGGAGGCUGAUGCUCAAUCCCAUGCAGAGAAGUGCAUCUGGGAGGACGAGGAGAGUGGUGGACACAAGGAAAACCUCUUUGCUAUGGCCCCAACCCUGGACCUCAAACAUGCUGUGGCAGAAUGGAAUGGGGAGAGGAAAUUCUACAGCUUGUUAUCAUUCAAAUGUCUCCCUGGGCAGAUGUGUGGCAACUACAAACAGAUGGUCUGGGCAGACACAGAACACAUCGGCUGCGGGGCAAAGCUUUGUGAGAAGAUCGAAGGAAAGGAAACAGAGAACAUGCACCUGCUGGUUUGCAAGUAUUUUCCCUGGGGUAAUGGGAGUAUCCGAAAGCCAUAUGAGAAAGGACCCCCGUGCUCAAACUGUCCCAAGGGCACAGUCUGUGUGAACAACCUGUGUGAACGGGAGACAGAUCAGCCCAUGACUGGAGCCGCCAGUACCUGCUUGGGGUUUUCACUCUUCCUCCUCCCCAGUGCCAUCCUGGUGGGCCUUCUGCUUUGAAUGGUCUUUCUCAGCUCUCCCUGCUCCAGUCACCAAGGCUUUCUUCAGCACUGGUUGUUCCACAACCCUGCUGGGCUCAGGAGACCCCUCAGACAGUUCAGGCUGACACCUCCCUUCUUACGCUGCCUUAUCUGCUCCAGCCC